UUCUUCUUACCAUUUUCCUCUCUUGGAAUGAGAGCUCCUUCAUUACUCCAUCACUGAACUAUUCCAUUUCUCCCUUCCUCCUCUUCACAUCUAGCCAGCCAUGGGCGGUGAUAAAGCUAUCAGCCUUGAAGAAAUCAAGAAUGAGACUGUUGAUCUGGAGAAAGUCCCAAUUGAGGAAGUGUUUGAGCAACUGAAAUGCACCAGGGAGGGACUGAGCACCGACGAAGGGGCCAACAGGCUUCAAAUUUUCGGCCCCAACAAGUUGGAAGAGAAGAAGGAAAGCAAAUUUCUCAAGUUCCUCGGUUUCAUGUGGAAUCCACUCUCUUGGGUCAUGGAGGCUGCUGCUAUCAUGGCCAUUGCUCUGGCUAAUGGAGGCGGAAAGCCCCCGGAUUGGCAGGAUUUCGUUGGUAUUGUUUGCCUGCUUGUUAUCAACUCUACUAUAAGUUUCAUCGAGGAGAACAACGCAGGAAAUGCUGCUGCAGCCCUUAUGGCUGGUCUUGCUCCCAAAACAAAGGUUCUCAGGGAUGGUCGAUGGAGCGAGCAGGAAGCCGCUAUUCUGGUGCCUGGAGACAUUAUCAGCAUUAAGCUGGGAGAUAUUGUCCCUGCUGAUGCUCGUCUUCUUGAAGGCGAUCCUUUAAAGAUUGACCAGUCUGCUCUCACAGGAGAAUCCCUUCCAGUGACCAAGAACGCGUAUGAUGAAGUUUUCUCUGGCUCGACCUGCAAACAGGGUGAACUAGAAGCAGUAGUCAUUGCCACCGGUGUCCACACUUUCUUUGGAAAGGCGGCACAUCUAGUGGACAGCACCAACCAGGUGGGACACUUUCAGAAAGUGCUCACUGCAAUCGGUAACUUCUGUAUCUGCUCCAUCGCUGUUGGUAUGGUAGCCGAGAUCAUAGUGAUGUACCCAAUCCAGCACAGACCAUACAGAAAGGGGAUAGAUAACCUCCUUGUUCUUUUGAUCGGAGGUAUUCCCAUCGCUAUGCCCACUGUCUUGUCUGUCACCAUGGCUAUUGGGUCCCACAGGCUAUCGCAGCAGGGUGCAAUCACCAAGAGAAUGACUGCCAUUGAGGAAAUGGCUGGAAUGGAUGUCUUGUGUAGUGACAAGACUGGAACUUUGACCCUAAACAAAUUGACUGUUGAUAAAUCCUUGAUCGAGGUCUUCACUAAGGGUGUGGAUCCCGAGCACGUGCUACUCCUUGCUGCAAGGGCAUCCAGAACUGAAAACCAAGAUGCUAUCGAUGCUGCCAUUGUUGGUACACUUGCUGAUCCAAAAGAGGCAAGAGCUGGUAUCAAAGAGGUUCACUUCUUCCCUUUCAACCCUGUGGACAAAAGGACUGCUUUGACAUACAUUGACAACCAAGGGAACUGGCACCGAGCUAGCAAGGGAGCUCCCGAACAGAUUUUGACCCUGUGCAACUGCAGAGAAGACUUAAAGAAAAAAGUUCACAGCGUUAUCGAUAAAUUUGCUGAGCGUGGACUUCGGUCUUUGGCUGUUGCCAGACAGGAAGUUCCAGAGAAAUCGAAGGAUGCCCCUGGUAGUCCAUGGCAAUUUAUUGGACUUCUAUCCCUUUUUGAUCCUCCCAGACAUGACAGUGCUGAGACCAUCCGCAGAGCUCUAAACCUCGGUGUUAACGUUAAAAUGAUUACAGGUGACCAACUUGCCAUUGGUAAGGAGACUGGCCGUAGACUUGGUAUGGGAGUAAACAUGUACCCAUCUGCUUCUUUGCUGGGUAAUCACAAGGAUGAGUCUAUAGCCCACCUUCCUGUUGAAGAACUUAUUGAGAAGGCAGAUGGUUUUGCCGGGGUCUUCCCAGGUGGGUGUUUUUUCCCAUUUACAAUCAUAUUAUAUCAAAGUUCUCUAGCUUUUUCGAUAGGGGACGAAAAAUUUACAUUCUAUUUUUGUUUCCAUACAGAGCACAAAUACGAAAUCGUGAAGAAACUGCAGGAGAGAAAGCACAUUGUUGGAAUGACAGGCGAUGGUGUCAACGAUGCCCCUGCUUUGAAGAAGGCAGAUAUCGGAAUUGCUGUUGCUGACGCUACUGAUGCUGCAAGAAGUGCAUCUGACAUUGUGCUAACUGAACCCGGGCUUAGUGUUAUCAUUAGUGCAGUGCUGACCAGCAGAGCUAUCUUCCAGAGAAUGAAGAACUAUACGAUAUAUGCAGUGUCCAUCACCAUCCGUAUUGUGUUUGGCUUCAUGUUCAUUGCAUUGAUUUGGAAGUUUGAUUUCUCCCCCUUCAUGGUGCUUAUCAUUGCCAUUCUGAAUGAUGGUACAAUUAUGACCAUCUCUAAGGAUAGAGUGAAGCCAUCUCCAUUGCCUGAUAGCUGGAAGCUAAAAGAGAUUUUUGCCACUGGCAUAGUUCUUGGAGGCUAUCUUGCUCUAAUGACUGUCAUUUUCUUUUGGCUAAUCUACGAAACCGACUUUUUCCCAGACAAAUUUGGAGUCAGAACUAUCAGAGAUAACGAGGAAGAAAUGAUGGCUGUUGUAUACUUGCAAGUGAGUAUUGUUAGCCAAGCCCUUAUCUUCGUGACCAGAUCCCGCAGCUGGUCGUUUGUGGAACGCCCUGGGCUUCUUCUCUUGACUGCUUUCGCGAUUGCUCAACUGAUUGCAACUCUGAUAGCUGUGUAUGCCAACUGGGGCUUUGCAAGAAUUCAAGGCUGUGGCUGGGGAUGGGCUGGUGUUAUCUGGAUUUACAGCAUUGUCUUUUAUGUGCCCCUCGACUUGAUGAAGUUCGCCAUCCGUUACGUCUUGAGUGGAAAGGCGUGGCAAAACCUGUAUGACAACAAGACUGCGUUCACGACCAAGAAAGACUUUGGAAAAGAAGAGAGAGAAGCUCAAUGGGCUCAUGCUCAGAGAACUCUGCAUGGACUUCAAACACCAGAAGCUAACAACAUCUUGAAUGAGAAGAGCAGCUACCGCGAGUUGUCAGAAAUCGCAGAGCAGGCCAAGAGGAGAGCCGAGAUUGCAAGGCUGCGCGAGCUGCACACACUAAAGGGCCACGUUGAAUCUGUUGUGAAGCUGAAGGGGCUCGACAUUGAGACAAUCCAGCAGCACUACACCGUCUAGACAAAAGCCUAAUGGAAUCAAUGCGAGGAGCUGUUCUGGGGGCGAGAGAAUACAUUCGAAGAACAGACGAUAACCUUUUAGAUAAAAACUGUUCUUGAGAGGAACAUGAUGCCCAAUUCCUCAUUAUUUCUUCUGUUUCUUGUUUCUUAAUGUAAUGUCAGUUAAGCUGAUCUUCAACUCUUGUAUGAAUACAAUGGCAUCUCCCUGUUACAAAGUUUUCAUAACUAAGAGGAUCUUCUAUUUUUGCA